AUGGCCAUCGGGAGUUUGGCAAUAGGAAUCGUCUUCUCCUUCCAGACUGCAGCUGGAAUCCUGGGGAAUUUCUCUCUUCUUUCCCAUUAUCUCUGUCUGUACCUCACAGGAUCCAAGUUGAGGUGCACAGAUGUGACUAUCAGACACCUGACCGUAGCCAACUGCUUAGUCAUUCUCUCUAAAGGAGUUCCCCAGACCAUGGCAGCCUUGGGCAUGGAGGACUUCCUCAGUGACGUGGGAUGCAAACUCGUGUUCUAUGUUCACAGAGUGGGCAGGGACGUGUCCACCGGCAGCACCUGCCUCCUGAGUGUGUCCCAGGCCAUCACCAUCAGUCCUCACAACUCCUACUGGAGGGACCUUAAAAUAAAAGCUCACAGAUACAUUGGCCCCUGCAAUAUCCUCUGCUGGCUCCUGAACUUCAUACUAAAUGUCGUGACACCUGUGCAUAUGACUGGCAAAAGACACAAAGGAAACAUCACGAAGAGAGCUGAUUAUGGCUAUUGUUCUGCUGAACCAAAGGGUAAAACUGCAAAUUCCUUGUACAUAUCUUUGCUGUUCAUCCACGACGCUCUCCCUGUGGGGCUCAUGCUCUGUGCCAGCGCCUUCAUGCUGUCCCUCCUACACAGGCACAGGCAGCAGGUGCAGUACAUCCACUCUCGCAGUGCCACCCUCGGGCGCUCUCCCGAGUCCAGAGCUGUGCAGAGUGUCCUGAUUCUGGGGAGCAUGUUUGCGUCUCUGAGCACGCUCUCUCUCAUCUCGCAUGCUUGUGUGCCUGCUUUCAGCAGUCUCAGUGUGUGGCUGGUGCACGCCUCUGCAGUCCUCGCUGGCACUUUCCCCAGUGUGAGCCCCUACAUUCUGUUGAGCCACGACUCCAGAGUGCCCAGGCUCUGCUUUGCCUGGCCACGGGAUGCAAAAUCCUCUCAAGUCAGAGUAAGUGUGUAA